GGCGCCCACCGCACCGCCCCCGCCGCCGUCGCCAGCUCUCCGCUAUGCCGGCUGCGGGCUCCCAGAUGCAGUCCGCCGCUCAGCAGCAGGGCGCGGAGGCACCGCCGCACGGGGAGCUGCAGUACCUGGGGCAGGUGGAGCACAUUAUGCGCUGCGGUUUCAAGAAGGAGGACCGCACGGGCACUGGCACCUUGUCCGUGUUCGGCAUGCAGGCGCGAUACAGCCUGAGAGAUGAAUUUCCUCUGCUCACAACCAAACGAGUGUUCUGGAAGGGUGUUUUGGAGGAGUUGCUGUGGUUUAUCAAGGGAUCCACAAAUGCUAAAGAACUGUCCUCCAAGGGAGUGAGAAUCUGGGAUGCCAAUGGGUCCCGAGAUUUUCUGGACAGCCUGGGAUUCUCUGCACGGCAGGAAGGGGACCUGGGCCCAGUUUAUGGUUUCCAGUGGAGACAUUUUGGAGCAGACUACAAAGACAUGGAUUCAGAUUACUCGGGUCAAGGAGUCGACCAGCUGCAAAAAGUGAUUGACACCAUCAAAACCAACCCUGAUGACAGAAGAAUCAUCAUGUGUGCCUGGAACCCAAAAGAUCUUCCCCUGAUGGCACUGCCUCCCUGCCAUGCCCUCUGUCAAUUCUAUGUGGUGAAUGGGGAGCUGUCUUGCCAGCUUUACCAGCGGUCGGGAGAUAUGGGCCUGGGCGUACCCUUCAACAUUGCCAGCUAUGCCCUGCUCACCUACAUGAUUGCACACAUCACAGGCCUGAAGCCAGGUGAUUUUGUCCAUACUUUGGGAGAUGCACAUAUUUACCUGAAUCACAUCGAGCCACUGAAAAUUCAGCUUCAGCGAGAGCCAAGACCUUUCCCAAAGCUCAAAAUCCUUCGAAAAGUUGAGACAAUUGAUGAUUUCAAAGUUGAAGACUUUCAGAUUGAAGGUUAUAAUCCACAUCCAACGAUUAAAAUGGAAAUGGCUGUUUAGAGUUCUUUCAAAGAUGGUGUGAAUAUUACCAGAGUUUGAGCCUGAUGCCAGGGUAAGAUAAGUUUUUCUCUAAAGGAAAAUAAACUUAAAACUCUGACGGUGAUCUAACUAUUUAUAACUAUCAUCACUGGCAUUUAGAACUGCCUUUCCUUUAGUAUUCACUGAGGUACAUAAAAAAGCUGAGAUUAUAUACUCAGCAAAAACAACCAGGCAGGGGUUGGGGAUUUAGCUCAGUGGUAGAGCGCUUGCUAGAGGCCCUGGGUUUGGUCCUCAGCUCUGGAAAAAAAAAAGUGUAAAAAAAACCAACCAGGCAUUUAUAUAUAUCUAUAUGAAGACGGCUGGUGAAAUUUCAGAUUGUUAUUCCUCUAAACUUGAACUAUGUUAUGUUUACUUAUAAAUGUUUUAUAUGCUGUAGUAAUAAAC